AUGUGGGAAGACAAUGCUCAACGUGCACACAUACAUAAGGUGAUCUGCGAAAGCAAGGGCAUUCGGGUAGCCAGCAGAGAGCGGCCCAAAAGUCGCACUCCCCAGCGAAACGGGAGUACAUGGCACAACAAACCCACGCGGCAAGUGCGGGCUGGACGGUCUAUUUCUCCCGAAAAGGUACUGCGGGGCACGUCACUGUCGCUUACUAGGGUCCCUGAUGGCACACCUCGUCGGAAUACGUCCAGCGUCAUGAGGGCAGUGAGCAUUCGUUCACAGCCAUCCCCCACGACCACUCCAACAGCUGUUUCUUCUGCCGCUGCAACAGGGAGGCCGCGGGUGGUGGACUCUACUGCGAGAAGGAAACGUCCGGCCAUCUCUGCAGCUUUCCGCGCUGUGGGCCCAGCUAAGGAACUGACGGACGUGAGACAAUCGCCCGAUACCGUGUUAUUGUGCAACGCGAGCAGGGGUUCGUCGGCCCGCGCUCCUUCAGCUCUCAUGAACUGCAGGACAGACACAGCGCCAUACGUGGAGAUGAGCGGGGAUGAUAUGUCUACAAGACUUUCCCCCGACGGCACGCCGAACCCGAGGCUUUUGGGUUACUGA